AUGAAGACGUCGGUAAUUGAUUCGCUACUACACUUCAUCAUCUUGCUCUUCAUAGCAACAGUUUUUGUAAUGGUUCUCGAUUUCUAUGCAGAAAGUGUGUGCUUCCAGCACGUCGCUGAUCCUGUAAUGGCAGCUGCUCGCUGGUCACCUGUGACGAUGUUCAGUUGUGCGCUUGGGUUAGCAUGGGUAUGGUACGCUGGUCAAGGACUACAAGAGCAUCAUUUGACUUCUGGCGUGAUUAUUACGGUGAUCGCUUUUAUUUUAGCUUCGGUGUCGCUGACGUCGGCUAGUGGUCCGAAGCAUAGGGGUGGUGAGCUGAUUGGAAUGUCCGAUACUGGGCUGCCACUAUUCGCGUACAAAGAAGCUUUUCUUCAAAAGACUGGUCGAUCGCUUGUUCUAUUCGUGAAGGAAACACUCCGUGAAAUCUUAGCAAACUCUGAUUCACGUCGUAUAUUUUGGUUUCUGUGUGUUAAUCUAUCAUUCUGUGGCGUCGAAUUCCUUUACGGAUUCUGGACAAAUAGUCUCGGUCUUAUUUCCGAUGGAUUUCACAUGCUGUUCGACUGCUCAGCCCUUGUAAUGGGUCUUGUCGCUGCAGUCAUGUCUCGUUGGCCAGCUUCUAGGCAUUUCAGUUAUGGCUACGGAAGGGUCGAGGUUUUAUCAGGAUUUAUCAAUGCGCUGUUCCUGUGUGUCAUAGCUCUAUUCAUUUUGCUAGAAGCCCUUGAAAGAUUAUUUGAUCCGCCUAAUAUCAACACUGAUAGGCUUCUCUUCGUCGCAGUAUCGGGUCUUUUGGUCAAUUUAUUUGGAAUGUAUUCCUUCCAUGGUGGUGAAGGAGACCAUGGGCAUGGGCACUCGCAUGGUGGUGCUUCUCAUGGGCAUUCUCAUUCAGGAAAUGCCAACAUGGAAGGAGUGUUUCUUCAUGUUCUGGCAGACACACUCGGCUCUGUUUUCGUUAUCAUAUCAACGCUGCUUAUCCAAUGGUUUGGGUGGACAUGGGUGGAUCCGCUCUGUUCGCUGAUACUAUCCGUUCUUAUUCUUGGAUCGGUGUAUCCACUUCUCACAAGUAGCGUCAACACACUACUGCAGAACAUUCCUGACGAUGAAGAAUUUGAGCAUCACCUUUGCGAGGCUUUGGAGGUUGAAGGAGUCAAGUCCUACUCGAAGGCGCAUUACUGGCAAUUGAAGAGCGAUCUGAAUGUUGCAUCGGUGCACAUCCAAGCAACUCCUGAGGCCAAUGCACAGCUUAUCCGACAUAAGGUGGCAGCGCAGUUGAGAGCAGCUGGUGCCACACAGUGUUCUGUACAAGUGGAGAAAGACUUUUUCACUCAACGAAUUCAGCAACUUUGUCCUUCUUACAGAUUUGGGCACAACGUGACUCGAGGUACAACUAUCGCUCGUGAACGGAAGCCGCAUGCAAAUCAUGGGCAUGGGCAUUCUCAUAACGGUCACGGUCACGGACAUUCUCAUUAA